AUGCAGUCGCCUCCGUCCGCAUCCAAUGACGACGCCCGCAGAGCAAGCCGCUCAAGGUUCACCUACCGGCAGCUCUCGCAGCUUGCUUCCUACAACACAUCCAAUCCGCUGCGGGUCGUUGCGCACAUCGACCUCGAUGCCUUCUACGCGCAAUGCGAGAUGAUACGCCUGGGCGUGCCGGAAGACAAGCCGCUCGCUGUCUUGCAAUGGGCUGGCCUCAUUGCCGUCAACUAUCCCGCCAGGAACAGCGGCAUUGGCCGUCACUGCAACAUCACGGAAGCAAAGAAGCUGUGCCCGGACCUAAUUGCGCAGCAUGUCGCCACAUGGAGAGAAGGAGACGACAAGUGGGCUUACCGAAGCGACGCGGCAGAGAACAUCGCCACCGACAAGGUCUCGCUCGACCCAUACCGCAUCGAGUCACGCAAGAUCUUGACGCUUAUUCGAGACUCUCUACCCUCCAAUCUUCAGAAAGUGGAAAAGGCUAGCGUCGACGAAGUGUUUCUGGACCUUUCGGCUCAUGUUCAUUCUAUAAUGCUGCAACGCUUCCCUGAACUUUCUGCGCCGGCGCCCUACGAUGAUCCCACCGAAAACCUACCUCUCCCGUCGAUUGUAGCGCUGGAUUGGAAGGCAGAUGCGCUUGUGGACUUGAGCGAAGACCAGGAAGCCCUGGAUCCAGACUGGGAUGACGUUGUCAUGCUGCUCGGUUCCGAGAUUGUUCGGGAUGUGCGAGCAGCUGUGAGAAGCAAGUUGGGUUACAAAUGCUCUGCUGGCAUUGCUCGAAACAAGCUGCUCAGCAAGCUCGGCUCCGGCUUCAAGAAGCCCAAUUGCCAGACCGUCAUCCGAAACCGGGCCGUGAACCUCUUUCUACGAGACUUCAAGUUUACCAAGAUUCGUAACUUGGGUGGCAAGCUGGGUGAUCAAGUCGUCGAGGCAUUCAGCACCGAUAGUGUCAAGGAAAUGCUCGAUGUGCCUCUGGAUGGACUCCAAAAGAAGCUGGGCGAAGAGACGGCUGUUUGGCUUCACAACACCAUCCGAGGCAUUGACUACAGCGAAGUAAAUCCCAGGACGCAAAUCAAGUCCAUGCUCUCCGCCAAGUCGUUUCGUCCGGCCAUCCACAAACCUGAACAGGGCACCAAGUGGUUGCUUAUUUUUGUUGGCGACAUAUACACGCGGCUGGUAGAAGAGGGUGUCUUGGAAAACAAGCGACGCCCGCGCACAAUCCAUCUGAGCGCCCGCCAUGGUGGCCAGACUCGAAGCAAACAGAUCCCUAUACCACAAGGAAAACCCAUAGACCAGGUCAUGCUCAUGGCACUGGCAAAUGACCUCUUUGCACAGAUCCUAGCCGAGGGACCCAUUUGGCCAUGCAAUAACUUGAGUCUAAGCGUCGGUGGCUUCGAAGAAGGUGUCAAGAACAACAUGGGAAUCGGCGGUUUUCUCCUAAAAGGGGAUGUGGCCAUCUCUUCUCGGGCGGCAACUGCUCACCAAGAGUCCCGGUCAGCAUCCCCUGAGCGUCCGACCAAGAAAACCAAGACCGAAAGUGGCAACAUCCAGCGAUUCUUUAGCAAACCUCCGGGAGGCGACCGCUCCGGCCCGCCUCUACGAGACAGCCUCCCGUUGCACAACAUAUCGGCGACAUCAACAAGAGACUGCAGUCCCGCGCCACCAGUGAAUGAGCCAGUUACUGAUAAGCCCUUUGGUUGUCCUCGUUGCGGUGAGUCGUUUGAUGAGCCUGAAAGCAUGCAGAGCCACCAGGAUUGGCACAUGGCCAAAGACUUGCAGGACGAAGAGAGGCACCUCUCGCGGCCACCAGCUCCAGUCUCCUCAUCUCGACAAGCGCCGAACAGACAACAAGCAGCAGCUGGCCAUGUUAGUAAGAAAGCUGGUCGUGGGAGUUUGGCAGCCGGCAAACUAGAGCAAGGUCAACGAAGGCUUAAUUUUGGCUGA